AUGAAAAUAGAAGUCAUUCCAAUAUAUAAUUAUAAAAUAGAUGGUGCUACAUCAACAUUAUUAAUUUUUGAUUAAGAUAUACAUAUUUUAUUAGAUUGUGGAUUAAAUCAAAAAAUGGAUUUUACAAAUUACUAGAAAAAUAUACAUUUAUUAAAAAAUAUAGAUUUAAUACUAUUGUCUCAUUCUGGAUCUGAAUUUACAGGAGCACUUCCAUUUAUAUUAAGUAAUUAGCAAAUUUAAUAAUAAGGAAAGAGUAUAUAAAUAUACACAACAACUCCAAUAAUAAAAUUAGGAUUAAUAAAUUCAUUUAAUUAAUUUUUAAAUGCCUCAUAUUUUUCUAACAAUUAAGAUAUAAUCUAAUAAAGUGAAUAAAUAUUUAAAAAAUUCUAUACAACUUUCGAUAGAUGUUAAGAUAUAAAAUUUUUCUAAAAAAAAGUAGUACGUAUAAAAUAAAAAGACCUAAUAAUAAGCCCUAUUGGUAUAGGAAAUAGUUUAGGGGCUUGUGCAUGGAAAAUAAACAUAAAAUUAAUAAAUGUAUUAUAUAUGAUAUAAUAUAAUCAUUUAAAUGAAUGUCAUUUAGAUGGUUUGGAAAUUAAAAAAAUCAUUAAAUCUAGAAUUGAUGUUUUAAUUAUUGAAGAUCAUCUUAUUUAAAACUCUUAAUAAUAAUAUGUUAUUUCUAAUAAAGCAAAUCUUUAAAAUCUCAAAGAUACACUUUUAAAUUCCAUUGAAAAUUGUAUACUAAAUAAUUCUAUACUUGUUAUUUCUUCUUAUCCUAAUGAAAGAGUUAUUGAAAUUAUAUUAAUUUUAUGGCAAUUAUGGAAUGAAUAAAAAUAUUAUUAAUGA